CGCUUCUACUGCUUUCAGCUUUACUUUUGCUUAGGAGAUACGCCCUGUUCUAUCUGCAUUUCCUGUGUUACUUUGGUGCUACAAGCUUAGCAUUCCUCUCCAACUCCCGGAUCUCCAGUUUACCACCUCUGCUGACUUCGACAUUUAAAUCUUCCUUCAUCUCUUUCAGUGUUCCAGAUCUCCCCAGCAGCCUCCUCCCUCUCUUACACCAGCUGUUACACUCGAUCUGUGACUGCUAAUGAAACAUCCCAACUCUGUAUCAUCUCUCCUUUCACUCAGACGCUGCCACUGAACUCAACGUGCUUUAUUUGCUCUGCUUCAUCUGUUCGGCUCACACAGUCAUUGUCCUGGUUCAGUUUUUAACAUUACACAGCCAUUGAUUGUAUUCCAGCUGCAGCAUAUCCAUCCAGCCUGCUUCUCCCUCACAGCCAGCUAUUUUCUUCACCACUCCUGCAGAGUUAAUUUGUUUCUCUCUACUAAGUACGACAAUGGAGGAGCUUCCAUUUGCUUUGCUAUCAUAUAGAGAAGGAACCCAUGGAUUUCCAGAAAUCUAUGAACCAAUUGCAAGAAAGUGUUUCCAAACAGUGUAUUUUGAAGAAUUUCUUGGUAAUAAGGAAAAAUAUUCAGAAAAGAUUCAAGUUCUCCUAGUAUGGAUGCAUGUGCCCAAAGUUGAUAGCAAACUUCUUGAUUCUCUUCCAAACCUUCGAGUGAUUGGAAGUUCUGGAGCUGGCGUGGAUCACCUGGAUCUACAGCUGAUAUCUGGCUAUGGUAUUACUGUGACAAACACACCACAUGUGGGAGAUGAUGCCACAGCUGAGAUGGGCAUGGCACUCAUGUUGGCAUCUGCCAGGAAUGUAGUGGAAGGUAACCGAAUUUCAAGUUCACUGGAAACCAAGAAUUUUGAUUUAAACUGGGUGGGUGAUGAAGUUACGGAGGCUACAUUGGGUAUUAUUGGCAUGGGAAGCAUUGGCUACACUGUAGCUCUGCGAGCAAAAGCUUUCAGAAUGAAGAUACUUUAUCACAACAGGAGACAAAGGUCACCAGAAGAUGAAGCGGCAGUGGGAGCCGUAUACUGCAGUAAUAUGACAGACUUGCUGCAGCAGUCAGAUUUUGUGAUGCUUGUUGUGAAUCUGACACCAGAAACCCAUCAUCUAAUUGGAAAACAGCAGCUACAACUAAUGAAGCCCACAGCCACUCUCAUAAACAUCAGCCGAGGACAAGUUGUUGAUCAGGAAGCUUUGGUGGAAGCACUUGAUAGUGGCACAAUAAAAGCUGCUGCUUUAGAUGUCACAGUCCCAGAGCCACUCCCAAGGAAUCACCCUUUACUAAAAAUGAAGAAUCUCAUUGUGACACCUCAUUUAGGAAUUGCCACUGAGAAAACCAGAAGGAAAGUUGCAGAAAAACUAGUGUCAAAUGCUUCUGCCGUCUUAAGGGGCUUGCCUAUAACAGACAUAGUGAUAGCAUCAUGACACUGUGCUUUUAGAGGAUGUAUAUUUGUACUUUUACACAUUAACUUUCUAAUGAAACUACAGUACAUAAAAGUACACAAAUAAAUUGUUUUUAAUAUUCA